GCUAUCCGGCUAUCAAUUUCCGCUUCCGCCAAAACGGACAAACAAAAAGACAACAAACGUUUCCCUCCGGAAAAAUAACGAUUUACGAUGAAACUUGAGGAUAAUAUCUGUCCAAUAUGUCUCUAUGUAUUCAUACAACCCGUGACAAUGCCAUGCUGUUACGAAUUGUGCUUGGAAUGCUUUAAGCAAAAUGUCGAAGAAGCCAACUUCUGUUGCCCGAUGUGUCGAACGCGAAUUUCAACAUGGGCUAGAAGAGCGGCCAGAAAUAAGGCUUUAGUGAAUGAAGUUAGAUGGACAGCGAUUAAAAAUGCCUUCACAGACCAGGUGAAAAAUCGCCUUGAAGGUUUAGAAGAGGAAGAUGAGGAAAUGAAUGCCCUGAAUAUCUCUAUCAAGCUGGCAGAACCUGGAGAAAUCAGAUCUGAAUUUGAGGAACAACUAAGAAUGCUCCGUGAGCAGCGAGCGUUGGAGGCGAGACAGGAGGCUGAGGCGAGUGAGAGGCUGAUCAGACAGCUGCAGGAGGAGGAGGCCGGGAAACUGGCAGAGCUGGAGGAGAUACGCAGGAAAGAUGAGGAGCUUGCACUGCAGCUGAGUAGGGCUUCAAGCAAUGACUCAGAAAUUGUUAUCCGGUCUUCCACCAGCCGAAGCCACAGUUCCUCAUCUUCAAGUCUUGGCAACAAAACGCCCAUGAAGAGCCCAUAUGGGGAUAGCCCAUUUCUUUUGAAGACCUUCUCGGCGGGGCUUGCGUCCCCAGGCUCCCAGAUGCUGAAGUCAUUCAGCCCCACCCAUGGGACGGGCAAGGGGUGCUCCACAGAAGGGAGCGCCCUCUUGAGGAAGAUUCGCCACGACGAAAAUCUGAUUACCACACAGGAUAUAGAGAACAUGGAAGAAGCCUUCAAGAAAAACACUCCCAAGCUCGACCGCUCUACGUCUCUUUGUUCAGUACUGAAGAUCCAGACGCCCAGUCAGACAUUGCGAGGGUUACACCGCAGCGAGAUCCUUGACCAGAUGUCCAAGUCUAUCAGCAUCAACAUCGAUGACCUGGAGAGUAACUCCUCCACCCCACCGGUCAACCCCAAGCCUAUAUUCCCAACAAUGUCUCCUACACUGGAGAAGGAGGGAGGUCCCAGUGAGACGGUCCUCAGGGCUCACAGCACGGACAGUAUCACCCAGGAGCUCAACCAUUUCAGACCAAUCAGAAGCUGCCCUCUGACCCCACCGCGCAGGCUGCCCAGCGGACAGGUUGUUGAGCCGCUGGUGAUCAGGACAACUCCACGGAACCUGAGCAAGUCCAUGACUGGUUCUCCCUCCUCCCCUGACGACCAGUCGCUAGCAGAGAUUGACGCUGGGAGCCCCAUCAUGAAGCGCAGGUUGACCGAAUUGGCUGAGGAGCGCAAGGAUAAGGUUGACAAAAUGAGCAAGUCUACGUGUACAGCUUCCACUGAAAUGCGUGAUGAGAACAAAAACCCAGACAUUGGCUAUAAACUGCAUCAAACGAAACCAAGUGCAGGCAACCGAAACGUUGAUUUCAAGGAUAUUUCAAAUUCAGCAGUACUCAGCAAUAAACAUUGCAUCCAGGUAACAAAGGGCGGCAUUAAAGAAAAGUUAAUAAUCCCGCUUGAGGCAGAUUUGGAUGGGGAGGACAUAUUUGGGGAUACAGUUGCAAGCAUCCAUUGUGAAACCAAGCAUGAAGCAACUAUGAAAAGUGGGCGGUUGUCACGAAAACAAACAGCAUCGAAAACCAAACAGAGAUACACAGAGAGUCCUCAACAGUCGUUACUUAAGUGGGCUAAGCCAGUAGAUAUUGUACAGGUGGCUAACAAUGAUACGGAGGUUGAAAGGGACAAUACAAACAAUAAGGCAGUGUGUGCCGAGACAAAACGGGUAAGGAAUGGAAACAUUGUUAAGCGACCGUUAAGAGUCCGAAAGACAGUAAGAGAUCCAGAUUUCCUGUAUGACAGCUUUAAACAGAAGAAAGCUGCAGUGGAUAUUGACGACUGUGAUGAGCCAGAUUCUAUGCAAGUAGGUGACAUUGGGAGUGGGGAUGAUGACAACGAAGAGGUCAUCAAUCUUGACAGUGAUAGCCAAGAGGAACUUGCAGUUGUAAAGAAGGCAAAGCGACGACGACUUAAUGAGUCAAAAUCCGAGGAAAGUGUUGAAAGCCAAACCGUUAAAAGUACUAGGCAGUUUUACAAGAAACCAGUAAAUCAAAAGGGAUGUUUGAAAGAAAGCAGUAGGAAAACUUUGAGUAAGAAGAAAACAUACAAAUGCAAAACGAAAAAAGGUGAGAACAAAUACAGCAAGGCAGAAAAAACUAUGGAAGAUUAUUUUGAAGCGACCAGAACUCAAGAGGAAAAUGACAUGUUGAUGGCAUGUGAGCUGCAAAAGCAAUUUGAACUUGAGGCCAAGUUACAUUUGAACAGUUUUAGGUUUAAAGGAAGUUCUGGGCAGUACGAGUUGAGACAAACUCGUGGAAAAGCAACCGAGUCUUGUGAAACCUAAUGUUCAAAUUUUAAUAUGAUUAACUCCACAUGUGAAUAUUUUUAUAUUGUAGUCUGUAGUGCCAUAAUAUAAAGACUUUUUAGGUUCGGCGAGCAAUAAUUUACAUGAACUGUUUGUUUAUUAUCAGUUUCUUUGUCAAAAUGUAUUUACAUUAUUAGUUGUAUUUAUUAUAUUACAGUGGAUCUUAUCCAACCUGUAAUUAGAAAAUUUCAAAUUCAUUAUAUGAUCUAAAAAUAUGUUUAAUUCAUAUAAAAACAAAAUCAAAAUACUGAAAUUAAACAAUAUUAUAGCAUACACAGCAAAAAAGCAUCAGUUUAAAUAAUGGUAAAUAAUGGUAACUGAUAUUGUAACUUUAUAUAUUUAGCUCACCUGAGCACAAAGUGCUUAUUAAGGUAUACAAUUGUGAUCAUCCAGUCUACUACAAGUGCCCGUCGUCAUCCAGUGUGCUUGGAGCUUCUUUAUAUUUACUUUUAUACAAUUAUCAAAAAGUGUGUGUUUUCCCCAAAUGUCUGCUUGAAAAUCCCAUUUAAAGGUCAUGUUUUUUAACAAACAUCAUUCAGUUCAUCUCCCUUCCCAUCAUUAAUGAAACCAUAUCAAAUUUAAUGUUAAAAAACAAUUUUAUUAACUGUUUUGUAGUAUUUCUAAUGAAUAAAAAUACACAACAAUUUCAAAAUUUUAGUUAAAAUGACAAUUUUUGCCAGUCAACAGCGCCAGGGUCCAUUCUUAAAAUGGUGAGAGAAAAAAAUGUCAGGAUGGAGUUCAAAUCAGCGAAUCUGGGUCAAUUGCAUCCCAAAACUAAGUCACCACUCAUGAUGUCACAUUUAUUACUAAAUCUUUAUGAAACUUGGUCAGAAUGUUUAUCUUGACAAUAUUAUGGCUGGGCCAUGUGCAUUCAAUAACUGCAUCACAAGGAAAAAUCUAUGAACAACAUUGCUAUCACACUUUAGGCUUAAUUUAUGACCCAUUGUUUAUGAACUUUGGUCAUAAUGUUUAUCUUCAUUAGGUUUAUGUCAUUUUUGAAUCCAUAUCAAUAUGGGUAAAAAAAACUUGGUCACCAGUUUAAGUCAACAACAUUUGGUGUUUUUUAACUCAGGUGAGCACAUUAGGACCACCGUGGCCCUCUUGUUACACGUUUUUAGCAAAUGUUAUGUUGAUGUUUAUUUUUAUAUAUAAAUGAUUUAAUUUAUUACACCAUUUGUCAUUGAAAUAUCAUGAAAAUCCUUAUAACGCACCAAAGCUGUUUAGGAUUUCAAUGUUUUGUUGUAAAUGUGGUUUAAGACAUUUUGUCAAACUUACCCCUUAAAUGCAGAUCUCAAUUAUCAUUAAAAUAUUUAAAUUUUGUGAUUUAAAUAAUAUAUGUCCAAUUUUAAGUUAAUUUUUAUACCUUUAGAUUUUACAUUGAUAUCAUUGUGAGCAAUAUUAGUGUCUAUUCCAUUGCAACA